AAAUGUAUUUAUAAUAAGUUUUGUGACAUAAUAAAAGGUUAAAAAUGAAAGCAUGAACAUUAAAUGUUUCAUAAAAUAAAAAUGAGAAAUGUCACAACCGUAUAAUAUUAACUGGGUAGUUCACCUAGUCUCAAAAAUCAUAUUUGUUGUAAUCGUUGAUGGUAUCUUGUUCUACGUGUGGCAUGAUGUGAUAACGCCUUUAUAUCAACAAGAGUUGUUCAAAUGGCCACCUCGGUGGUUGCGAGGGGAUGCGAAUCCGUUCUUACAUCCAAUGCAGCUGCCUGCCUAUUUUCGCACAUGGAACAUACGAAAAAAGCGACGACUCCGCAAAAAUAGACCUGUACCACAUUCCACUCUGGCAGUCGAGGCCAUGACAGCAAUGAUUUUCAGGGACACCGAACUAGAAGUCCAUGAAUGUCCAGCGGUAUGUCACCUGGUCCUUCCGCCCGUGAAAAUAAAACCAAAAAAGGUGCUGGAAGAAAGUCCUUGGAAAGACAUAGCAUCUAUACCUUGUGAAAAAGACUCGUUGAAUGAAUUGUCCAUGUAUAAAAAAUUUCUUGCCAGUUUUCAACGCAUGCUGAUUAAAUGA